AUGGCAAUGCAAAAGGCAAUAGAAGAAGGGAGAAGGGUCAUGACGAGAGACUCAUACUCCUUGCAAGUCGAUCUGACAGAGUUCCGAUCACGAAAUUGGUUCGCGCAGAUGUGGGCGCAACAACACGUCGAGGCUCACAUUCAGUUCAAGAGUGCCCUUGCACGUCGGCAGCUGGCGCCAGCCACAGUUAGGGCCCACACAACUCUUGCGAUCCCUGCAGCCGAAGAUGUUGGUUUUGCUCGAACCGCCCAUUUCGUCAAGGCAACGCCAAAGUCCCAUGACAAGCCUUGGUUCUCAGAUGUGGCAAUCAAAGGGGAAACAAGAGAGGGGAGUGAUGAGGAGUGGUAUGGAAGACUCUUGAUUUUCCAGGCCAAGCAUAGAGGGGUCACCCAUGACUUGGCUUUUGUUAGCAAGCGCUGCAAAAAAGCUCGGAAGGUGGACAACGAUGAAGACAUGGAGAAUGUCGAUGAGAAUACUUCAGACACCUCUUGUGCCGUGCAGCCGAAGCUCAAGUCUCUUCAUUACAGGGCCAUCGAAUCCAUCCAUGAGUCGAUUCGACGCGUGGAGGUGCUUUUUGGCGUGAAGGCAUUGCUGCUGAAAGAGCGCAUGGAGGAGGGUGGAGGAAAUGGGGGGGAAGCGGCAGGGGAGCAGGAGGAGGCGGGAGAAUGGGGAGCAGGGGGAGUGGGGCGAGCGGGAGGUGGAGAUAGAGCAGCAAAGGAAGAGGGACAAGGAGAGGGAUGCGGUGAGGGGAGUGUGAGUCUUGUAACGGGAGGGGAGAAGGAUCGGAAGGGGGCGGGGAGGCGGAGGGAGGCAGCGCGGCAUGGGGACCUGCUGAAGAUACAGUUGCAGGAGCUGAUCUCCUGGUGGAAGAAGAAGGUCGACGGGCGGCUGGGCCCGCGCGAGCAUGAUCCGUUUCAGGGCAAGGAGGCGGAGGAGAGUGUGAGAACAAUAGUUUGA